UUUGAGCCAUCUACGUUUCCCCUUAUUUUCAUCUGUGCUGCCAGCAUCUGCUUCGAGCAUCACAGACACUGGACCACCACCCAAACGUUCGUAACAUGAACCGGCAGCAGCAGCUAUCACGGGGACCAUCGCCCGAGGCGGUCUUCGCCAAGAGGAGAGGAGAGAUCCCUUAUCAGAUAUACUUCGAAGUCAGCAACAUCGGGCGCAAUGUGGAGAGCAGCAAGAAGAGAGCGAGGUGGAAGUUCUGCUUUGGAGAAGAAGGCCGGGAGCAUGAGGUGACUCUAAUUCACUCGCUCAUGAGCGGCAAGAAGAAGACCAUCUUCGAUGGAGAGGUCAUCAACGAGGCCCAGAAGGUCUCGAAGGAGUGGGUCUUCGCCUGGUCCUUCGGCGCCCACCUCCUUCGGGUGGGGAUAAACUUCGAGGAGUACGGGCUCGUCAUCGACGGGAUUCCCUUCAAGAACUUCAGCCGCAGAGACCCAUACCUGGCAGCCCAGCUGGAGGCCACGAAGCGCGACAGCAUGAGGAGCCUGCAGACCGACGAGAAGAGGCGUUUCGACAGGCUGGGGUACGGCGGCGAAUCCGGAGGAGGCGGAGGACGGUCGAGGGCGGCGCAGCGUAGGGGCAGCGGCAACUCCAACUCCGGCAGCGGGGACGGCGGCGGCAGCGGCAGCGGCAGCCUGCGCAGGGCCUCGAGCAACAGGCGCGGCGGCCUCGACCGAGACCAGGACGGCGGCGGCGGCGGGAGGCAGCGCCGCCGGGAGUCGGAGGAGGAACGCGCCCGUAGCGAUACCCGGAGGUCGAGUUCGAUCGAGGGCAGGAGGAGGUCGUCCCCUCCGGCUCAUCACUCUUUGUCGACCAGGAGAAUGCAGGCUCCUCCUUCUGCUUCCGGCCCCGGGGGAGACCAGCGGAGACGGAGCCAGGGCGGCGGCGGCGGAGGUGGCGGGGGCAAGCCGAGGGCGGCGAAGCCUGCCGCCGCGCCGGCGGUGACUGACGACAUCCUCUCGGCCGACCCUUCCACUCUUGAGGUGAACCCCUUCGAUGUGGCCCAGGUGCCGGUGGCGAGCUUCGACCCGCUCACCAACGGCAAAGGCACCGGGGAUGGGAUGGCGGCACCUGCUGGCGGCGGCGGCGGCGGCGGCGGCGGGGCGUGGGGUGGGGGAGGCGCGGAUUCGGCCGCGGUGUUGCAACUGGGAAUGCAGUUCGAGGCGAUGGGAAUGAACCCCCAGUUCCAGCAGCAACCACAGCACCAGCCACAGCAGCACCAGCAACCGCCGCAGCAGCAGUACCAAACGCCCUUCGACGAUGGAGUCUAUCAGCAAUACGACCAAUCGGGGUUCCCUUUGCCGCAGCAGCAGCAGCAGCAGCAGCAGCAGCAGCAACCGCAGCUGUACGACGCUCCCCCUCCUCCUCAGCAGCAGCAGCAGCAUGCGAUGCCCGCAACCGGGCCGUUCGAUGCGCCUAGCGUCGGCUUCUCGGGCGCGCCGGGAACGGCGGGCGGGGGCGUGGACUUUGCGGGAGGAGGGUUCCUGCAACCAACGCAGCAGCAGCAGCAGCAGCAGCAGCAGGGGUCGACGGCAGGGGGGGCUGCAUCGGAUGGCUCUCCGGCAGUCACUUGCACUACCCUGUCCAAGGCAUCGACGGACCCGUGGGACAUGGCGCGUUCGGGCAUGGUCAACAUCGACGACAUCACGGACACUAAGCACCUGCCCGCGGUGGAGGUUAAGCCGUUCACCGAUGACCACCGGCCACUGGCGGACCUCGUCCGGGAGGCCCCGCCGAAGGUGAGAGGAAGGUGGGGGCGGAGGGAGAGGGGGGUUACAAAGGUCGUGCAUGCAUCCAUGCGGUGCUGA